AUGGCGCUGGAGAACUUCUUGAAACGGGAGACAAAUAGUAGCUCGGAGAGAGCAGAGUGGGUCAAGGCCUGGCCCUUUACAGACCAGCAGCCGUACACAAAUUCGCCAUAUCUCAGCUUCGUCAAGGUCACAGCUUCCUUUUCGACGAGCUUUCGGGAGACUGCAGCGCCACGCCAUCAGGGAAUGAUGCACCGGUUCUGGCUGCAGCAGCAGCAGGAGCAGCAGCAGCAGCAAUAUAGGCAGGGGGCGGCCCUACGCCACCAGCUGCAGCAGCACCAGCAACGGCAACGGCAGCAACAGCUACAACCACAGCCACAGCAGCAAUAA